GGGCGGAAGUUGCGCGGCGCAGUGUGUGCGCAGGCUGGCACGGCUAAGGACAGGAGUCACCAGGCUGCUCACAUUAAAACAAAAAAACAAAAAACAACACCCUUGGCGUCCAACAAACGACCAUUACAUCGGAAUAUGGAUGACGACGUGUUGACGACUCUGAAACUGUUGAUAAUAGGCGAGAGCGGAGUGGGGAAGUCCAGUCUUCUCCUGAGAUUCACCGAGGACACUUUCGACCCAGAACAGUCUGCUACAAUAGGUGUGGAUUUCAAAGUGAAGACACUAUCUAUUGAUGGGAACAAAGCCAAACUCGCCAUAUGGGACACAGCUGGUCAGGAAAGGUUUCGCACGUUAACACCCAGCUACUAUCGGGGCGCGCAGGGUGUCAUACUUGUAUACGAUGUUACCAAGCGGGACACCUUCACCAAGCUGGAAAACUGGCUGAACGAACUGGAAACCUACACAACUCGCAAUGAUAUCGUCAAGAUGCUCGUUGGGAACAAGAUCGAUCGGGAUGACCAUGAAGUGGACCGCAACGAAGGCCUGAAGUUCGCAAGAAAACACUCCAUGCUUUUUAUCGAGGCAAGCGCGAAGACCAAAGAUGGCGUCCAGUGUGCCUUCGAGGAGCUCGUGGAGAAGAUCCUCCAGACCCCGGGCCUUUGGGAGAGCGAGACCCAGGGACAGAAACUGCGCCUGGGCAACCAGGAGCAAGGCGGCGGCCGGGCCUGCGGAGGGUACUGCUCCAUACCUUGAAAGCGGACACACAAAAAAAAAAAUUGCUGACAGACCAGAACCCGGAAAGGAGAGGAAUAAUGCGAGUGGUUAAAGACGCGACGGGGACGGGGACGGACUCCUUGCACACGACACUUCUUUCUGUUUAGUUGGUAGUUUGAAAAUGAACAUGGAGCACGCACACAUCUUAUUCUGACAGGACUUCACUCCACACACAGUGUUGUUCAGUAAAGUAACAUGCACCAACCUUUUUUUUCCUGCCUUCUGCGGCCAUGCUUGCUUCAAAUGUAGCCGCGCUUAGUACGGGGGGGACCUUCCUUUCAACGCCAUGAAAAAACAUGGCGCGUACUCCGAAAUAAAACAUUUCACACUUUCUACUGUCAGAUGAGAUUAACCAUGACAUAAUUACGAACAUAAUGUUUUGAGGAAUAAUCUCUCCAUAAAUACACAGAAAACGUAAUUGUUACGGAACCAUACUUUCCAAGAGCCUUUAACAAUGCGUGCACCAAGGCUCUAUACUCGACUUCAAAAAAACAAAAAUGUGUUAAAAGAUUCCGCAUUCUAAAUAUGCUUCAUUACAUACCUGAGCGGUCUGUUUUCCAUUCGAUAUUUCCCAACCUACAGGACACAAUGCGUUUUCUUUAUUUUCAUGACUAUGGGCAUUUAUUUUGCCACGGGGGGGCCAAAUUUCAAGAAAAAAAUGUGUAUUUUUUAGGAACACGAAUACAAAACCUCACAAUAAUGUCUGAUUGAAAGCUAAAAAUGUUAUGACAGACCACCUUAAAAGCUAAAUGGAAAUUAAUUUUUUUUUUUUUACUGAUUGAGACACCCAGAAUGUGGGAUUUACAAUAUUUACUAUGAACGAUAAAAUAAUGAAUAUUGACAACAAACUGUAAGAACGUCAAUCGACAUGUUAUUAAACAGUGUUGUUCAGUAAAGUAACAUGCACCAACCAAUUUCUUCCUACCUUCUGCGGCCGUCCUUCCUUCAAAUGUAGCCGCGCUUAAUAUGGGGGGGCCUUCUUUUCAACGCCAUGAAAAAACACGGCGUGUACUCCGAAAUAAGACAUUUCAGAAUUUCUACUGUCAGAUGAGUUUACCAAUGACAUAAUUACUAACAGGAUGUUUUGAGGAAUAAUCUCACCAUAAUUACACAGAAAACGUCAACGUUACGGAACCAUACUUUCCAAGAGCCUUUAACAAUACGUGCACCAAUGCUCUAUACUCGACUUCAAAAAAACAAAAAUGUAUUAAACGAUUCCGCAUUUUAAAUAUGCUUCAUUACAUACCUGAGCGGUCUGUUUUCCAUUCGAUAUUUCCCAACCUACAGGACACAAUGCGUUUUCUUUAUUUUCAUGACUAUGGGCAUUUAUUUUGCCACGGGGGGGCCAAAUUUCAAGAAAAAAAUUUGUAUUUUUUAGGAACACGAAUACAAAACCUCACAAUAAUGUCUGAUUGAAAGAUAAAAAUGUUAUGACAGACCACCUUAAAAGCUAAAUGGAAAUUACAUUUUUUUUUUUUACUGAUUGAGACACCCAGAAUGCGGGAUUUACAAUAUUUACUAUGAACGAUAAAACACUGAAUAUUGACAACAUAUGAAAAACCUCACAUUAAUGUAAUAAAACUUUUACUGAAUGAGACACCCAGAGCUCUGGUUGCUUGGAGAUGGCCUAAGAACGUAUUUAAAAAAAUUGAUUAUUAAAAUAUUUUUAUUUUUAAAAAUUUUUAAUCGGCUUUUGAAAACGAUAAAUCGAUUUAGAAUCGGGAUGAAGACAAAUCACAAUUUGGGUGUCAAAUUAAUUUUUUGCGCACCCUUACAUAAUAUGACCAGUGUACAGUACACCUAUGUAAUUAUCUAAACAAUCCCAAACAAUUAAGCUUACCUAUUAACGUUAGCGUGCUAAUAGGUAGCAUUUUUUCCCAGUAACAAAAUGUUUGCCACUGUGUUGUAACCUAUUAUUAAUAUUAAAAAAAAAAACUUUAGAUUUUAAUUGUAUUUUUUUAAUCGACCUGUGAAAACUAAGAACCAGGAUGAAGAUGAAUCGCGAUUCAGGUAUGAAUUGUUUUUUUUGCGGACCCUUACAAAAUGACUCUGGUGUACAGUAUACCUAUAAAAUUAGCUAAAAAAAAAACUAUUAAGCUAACAUAAGCAUGCUAACAUGUAGCAUUUUAUCAUGAUUCAGAUGUGAAUUUAGUUUUUUGUUCACCCUUACAAAAUAUGACCCUGGUGUACAGUAUACCUAUAAAAUUAGCUGAAAAAAAACCCCUAAGAAACUAACUUAACAUUAGCAUGCUAAAACAUAGCAUUUUAUCACAAUUCAGGUGUGAAUUUAGUUUUUUGUUCACCCUUUCAAAAUACAACCGGUGGACAGUACACCUAUAAAAUUAGCUAAAAAAACAAACUAUUAAGCUAGCCUAAUAUUAGCAUGCUAACAGGUAGCAUUUUAUCACGAUUCAGGUGUGAAUUUAGUUUUUUGUUCAUCCCUACAAAAUAUGACUCUGGUGUACAGUAUACCUAUAAAAUUAUCUUAAAAAAACUUAUUUAGCUAACGUAACGUUAGCACGCUAACAGGUUGCAUUUUAUCACGAAUCAGGUGUAAAUGUAUUAAUUUGCGGACCGUUACAAAAUAUGACUCCGGUGUACAGUACACCUAUAAAAUUAGCUAAAAAAAACUAUUAAGCUAACCUAACGUUAGCAUGCUAAUAGGUAGCAUUUUAUCACAAUUCAGGUGUGAAAUUUAGUUUUUUGUUCACCCUUACAAAAUAUGACCCUAGUGUACAGUAUACCUAUAAUAUUAGCUAAAAAAAACUAACAAAAAACUAUUAAGCUAAACUAACGUUAGCAUGCUAACACAUAGCAUUUUAUCACGAUUCAGGUGUGAAUUUUGUUUUUUGUUCACCUAUAAAAUUAGUAAAAAUAAAUAUAUAAAGCUAACCUAACGUUAGCAUGGUAACAGGUAGCAUUUUUUUUUUUUUAAAACUGCACAAUUUGCAAAAGCUAUCAUGCUAAUAUAGAAUGCUAGAAACUAUGAUCGGGUCGCACUUUGUAGACCCCUGUUAUGUCAUUAGCACAUUUAGAUGGGCAUCAUUUGUAGUAAAUGUAUGGUUGGGGGUCUUUGAGUGUCAAUCACGUCGUCCAUAAUUAUUCUGGAAUUUUUUUCCGUCAUGUAAAAUCAUUCCCACGCCCUCUUUAUCCUUUUUUCGCGCCACGUUUCAAUCACACUUCGCAAGACGUCGCCAUGACAACUGCCUUAACCAUGAAUGGUAUAUGCUGUAGUCCAAGUAUGCUCAAAAGACAAAAUAAAUUAAAGCUGCAAGCAGCGACGGACGGGA